UAGCUUUCAGCAGAGUAGCUGCCAGGCAAUAACAGCAGGGACGUGUCGAGAGAGAGGGUGGCAACCGAAACUAAUCAGCAGGGCCGGCCAGCACCUGAACCAUCAAUCGGGUUUAUGAGUAAAGGCGAUCAAUCAGCCUGCCGUUAACCUUCGGAAGAAGCGCGGAAGUGUAAUUCAACGUCAACGUUUUUUUUUUUUGACUUAUUAUCGGUGGCAACAUGGCUGAAUGUAACAUUAGCAUCGACCAGAAAAAACUACCUGGAGUGAAAGAGGUGUGCCGAGACUUUGCUGUGCGGGAGGACCAUUGCCUGGCCUAUAACCUCCAGGAACAAGAAAUUGAGAGCCACUUGGCGUCCAAUGUCCAUAAGAGCCGUCUGGUGCAGAAGGACCUGCAGGUGGCCAAGAAGCUGCAGGAGGAGGAGGAUAAGAGGGCCAAGAUCCAGAGCCAGAAACAAUAUUGUGAAAUUGAGCGCCAAGAUAAUGAGAUCGCCCAGGAGAUUCAGGAACAACUGGUCCGACAGGCAGAACAGCAGCGACAGCAGGAAGAAAAGGAUGCGGCCAUAGCUCGUAAGCUGCAGGAGAAGGAGAUGAAAGAGGAGAGGAGGAGACAGAAGCAGCUGGAAGCAAACUUUGAGGAGGAGUACUUUGAGGAUCACGGAGCUGCAAGAAGACCUCUUGAUUUGGACAAACACGCCCGUCACAAAUCAGCUUCCCCAAGCCCAUAUGAUGCAUGUGCUCCAGUGAGCUCACAUCGUGAUUACUCCCCAGAUUAUAGCUCAACAGAGCCUAAAAGGAGCAGGUACCCACGACAGGAUCCAGCAGCGCCCCACAGCCGCUCCAGAUACCCUGAGCACUACCAGUUGGCAGAGGGAGGGCGAAGCAGGCAUGCAGAUCCUUACCCAGAGCACCUGCUGCCCUCCAGAGGCAAGCAUGGGGACAGGUACCCAGAGUAUGAACCCACAGAGACUGGCAGAGCCAGGGGCUCAGAGGGGGAGGACACACAGAGAGUGGUGAGGAGGAAGGAGAGACCUGCCAGACCACCUCCACCACAGAAUCCUGUAGAGAGAGACAAGGCCUGGGACAGAGAAAGGGACAGGCAACGUGACCGAGACAGGGCCAGAGACCUGGAAUGGGAGAAGCAUAUGAGAAAAGACCAGAGGAGAGGCAGAGAUCAGGACCUCAGGGGGGCAAGAGCAGCAGGAAGAGACAGGGAAGGAUCCAGAGACAGAGUACAGAGUGCGGACAGACAGAGAGAGAGAGACAGACAAAGACAGAAAGACAAAGACAGACCACGAAUGAGAACCAGAAGCAGGGAGAGAGAGCUUGAUGAUGACUAUUUGGAGCAGGGUCAUAGCAGGCUGAGGGACGGCAUUGCUUCCUGGGUGGAGGAAGAGGAUGUUGAUGAGAGGGAGAGAAGUGCCAAGGGCCGGCAGCGUGUCCACUCUGGCCCUGACGAGGUGUUUGACGAGCCCAGGAGCAACGAAGGGAGAGGGGGCACCAGGGAAUUCCGGGACCCUCGGCAGGGGGAGGGUCCUGGCAGGGAACACAUUCAUUCAUUCCCCAACGGAGAGACAGGUCGCAUUGUUCACAGAGGGAGUGGAGCAGUAGUGGCAGAAACUGAGUAUGCAGUGAGCGAGGCCACAAAGGGGCUGACGAAGCUGGAUCUCCGUGAGCAGGAGCUGAAGGACAUGGAGGUGGCCAGGAAACUGCAGGAGGAGGAAAUCAAGGUGGGGAGUGAAACCAGAAAGGCAAGCAAGAUGCAUAUGCGCGCAGCCCAAGUGGCGCAGGAUGAGGAAAUGGCCCGACUGCUGAUGGAACAAGAGAAAAAGGAAUACAGGAGGAAUCGAGAACGGGAGAAAGAGAAGGAAAGAGAGAGAGAGAGGCUGGCCAUGGAGAAGAUGGCAAUGGAAAGACGGCGACAAGAGGGCGAAUACAGGCCAAGUUCUGAGGAAGUCGUUCGGCCCAGAACACGAGAUGAGUAUGAAUACCAGAGGCAGAGGAACCACAACAAGCCUGCCAGGCCUCCUCAGCCUCGUACACACGACUAUGAGAAUGUGAACCCUGGCUACGGCUACUCGGACCACCCUGUCCCCCCUCGUGCUCCCACCAGACCUGAGGCUGCUUACAAAGGUGCCUAUUACAAGCGGUGACUCAGGCUCUCUGCUGUGUCCAGACAGUUGGUCCUCCUUUGUCCUUCUCUGGGUUUUUUUUUUUUCUUUUUUUAAUUUAUCUUUUUGUUAUCACCAUUUAAACUCUGUGGACCAAAAGCCUUGGGACAAUCUAAUGAGUUGGCAAUGGUAUUUUAAUUUAAAUUUUUUUUAUAGUACCUUCCAAAGUUGGCCCUGAGUUAAGGAAGUGGGUCAGCGAGUGCUGGAACCACACUCAUCUUCUCCUUUUUUUGUUUGUUAAUUGUGAUUAUUAUUUCUUUUAACUGACUCGACAUCAAGACAAGCCAAAAGAGCAGCCUUGUGACAUAAACUCCCAUGAUUCUUAGCUGUUGAAUCAGAGGACCUGGCUCCUCAUUUGCUGUGCUCAUCGUGUGCCGACGUUUGUCCCAUCUGUGGACCAUGCCAUCACAAGGGCUCAAGGCCUCUGCUGGAUAUAACCAUGCAAUUCUCAGAUUUCCUCAUGACCCAUCAUGGGACGUGCCUGUCUGGUCCAACAUGGCUGCUACAGUGUCUUAGAUACCAACACGGCAGCUGCUGUUUAUCACCCCUGCUGCAGUUCUGUUCUCUUGUCAUGCUGUGCAACGAGGCUACGCAGGCCCUAACCCAUGUGCCACACAGUGUAUGACUCUGGAGGGAUACGUUUCUGUUGGUGUAUUCAAACGAAACAAAAAAAAUAAGCCUUUUAUCAAGAUGCUGGUUUUGGUUGUGACAUGUUUACCACCCUUGUUCCAAUGCAGAGGAGGUGGAGCUUUGUGAUGAUCCAUGGACGUUAAAUUGGCUGUAGGCUGUGUCUUUUUCUUCUCGUGAGGGGCACUUUCUAACCCCGUCACCCUUGAAAGUGAACUGAAAGUGGAUGGAUGAUAUUCUACGUAUGAUUCACUGUUUCUAUGUGCAUGCUUACUGAAAGUGUACAACUGUGUACAUGCAUUUCAGCUCUUUAUCAAAUUAUCUGGCUUCUUCCUUUUGUCGUCAGAAAGGGCUAAAGCCACAAAAAGCCAAUUAUCUUGUCUUUGUGAAUGAACAAAAUAUGUGCUAGCUCAUAUACUGCUGUACAAUAUAUCACAGUGCUGCCCCUGUUUCAUAUCAGCUUGUCAUUUACAAACCAAAACUGGCUCUUAAGAGAACCAGAAAGGAAAUGCAUGUACAUUGCCUGUCUGUGUCAAACCUGAAAUCCUGCUUGUGCUUAUGGCACAGACAUUGUGCGAUUUAAUAUCUGCUCUUGUUUUAUUUAAAUGUAAAUAUAUCAUUUUUGCUUUUUUUUAAGUUGUGCUACCAAAUCAUGUCCUCCAUUGUGGAAAAUGCAAGAUUCCUUCAUCAGUUCAGAUAUCUUGUGCACCACUAGUUCUUUUUGUUCAGAAAGGGAGACUUAUAUUUUAUUUUUAUACAGUACUUUGUUGGUCUUUCCUCAGAUUGUUCCCUUACUUUCCAUUCCCCCUAAAUGUUCUCAGUGUCACUUCCAGCCCUCUUCUUUUUGUCUCAGACUGAAAGGCAUGCGUCACUUCCUGCCUGCACAAAAAGGCAAACAUUCCCACAAUAGAAGUUCAUCUGGAUAGACGGAAAUUCAAUCACGGGAUUAGCUGGAAAAAUUGUCAUAAAAGAAAUCUUACUGCUCAAAGGGACCUAUUUUAGUGUUUUACUGCUCCACAAUCCAUUAUUUUCUGUUCAUAUUGAAUAAGGAUGAAAAUGAAGAGCACAUUUAAGCUUUUGAGUUGACUGAAAUGUUUGUAUAACAGCACCAAACUGAUUCAGACUUCGAACAUUUAAGGUGGACUGAGUUGGCCCCUCAGUUGUGCUCGUUCCAUGUUCUCACGCUGUAAUAAAUGUUGCUGAAAUUCUAAAUCAGCUUCUGAUAUGAUUCCCUCCUUGUUCAGAGAAAAUGUGUGGUUUUCUUUGCCUAAGAGUGAGAUGUUUGUAUUGCUGAGGACAUGCAGCAAUACGUCCAGGUGUUAUUGAAUUGAUAUUGUGCUCAUUGCUGUUGACAGAAUGGGAUUUGUGCCAUAGGUUUGUAAGUUGUUUUUUUUUCCAGGGACUUGAAAAUGGGUAAAGCUUAAAGUUGUUGUGGUUGUAGCAGAGCUACCACGCCUACGAAGGUGGGUCUCCUAACUUAUUUUUUGAUGAGAGCACCACCUUGUGGACAUGUUGAGACUUAAAAAAAAAAAGAAGUAUAAAAUGGAUCUGAUCAGGAUGUGUCUUUGUGUAUUCGUGGAUGCUGUGCGUCAGACUUUGGAUUCGAGUUCUGUCUGCAUCAAACAUUGAGUGUUAAUGUUUUAAAUUUUCUUUAAUCCAGGGCUUGUAUGCAAUCUACCAAUAAUGAAACAACACAUAUGUGUUGGCACUUGCUGUAACAGAACUUUUUUUUUUUUAAUAAAAUGAAUUAACCAGUUGAUUUUACUUCUAGCAUUUCCACUGUUCA